UGCGCGAUGACGUCAUCGACUGACCCACUUGACGUUGGCCCCACUGUCGCACUGCUCUUACGUUGUCGAGACAUUGACAGAAUUGGACAUAUAAAACCAACUCGCGGCCUCGAGCGAACGUUCUAGAAGGACACGAGACGAAUUAAAUCAACGAAAUACAAGAAAAGUUGCUCCUGAACGUCCCCGCCACAAAAUGUCCCAGGACAAGAGUGGCUACCCCGGGAUGGGGGAGUCCAACCCGCUCCACAAUAACGUCUACGGACCCCCGCAGCCGGGUUUUGGCAUGCCGCCGCCCAACUACAGUCAGGCCCCUGGGGGACCGUACCCGCCCGCCGCCGGGUACGGCCAGCCGGGAUUCCCGCAACAAGGCUUCGGGCCAGCUCCGUACCCGCAAAUGCCUUACCCCCAAAUGCCCUACCCGCAAGGACCUUACCCUCAGGGGCCCUACCAGCAACCGGGCCAGCCGGGCUAUCCCGGGGACCCUUCUGCACCGGGUGGGAGCCCCGGUUACCACGGCGACGUGCCACCCACUUACUACGAUAACGAGGAGUUCACCAACUCAGGUUUUGAGGACAAGAGCAUCCGGCAGGCCUUCAUCAGAAAAGUUUUCAUGGUCCUCACCGUGCAGCUGCUGGUCACCUUCUCCUUUGUGGCCGUGUUCACCUUCGUGGAGGAUGCCAAAGUGUUCGUGCGGCGCAAUCCGUGGACCUACUACAUCUCCUACGUGGUCUUCCUCGUGUCCCUCAUCGUGCUUAGCUGCUGCGGGGACUUCCGACGCAAGCACCCUUGGAACUUGGUGGCGCUGUCCAUUCUGACCCUGAGCCUCUCCUACAUGGUGGGCAUGAUCGCCAGCUUCUACGACACUGACACCGUCAUCAUGGCCGUGGGCAUCACUGCCGUGGUUUGCUUCACCGUGGUCCUCUUCUCGCUACAGAGCAAAUACGACUUCACUUCCUGUCAAGGCGUGCUCUUCGUGUGCCUGAUCGUCCUCCUACUCUUCGGCAUCCUCUGCAUAUUCAUCCGCCACAAGAUCUUGCACAUCGUCUACGCCUCGCUGGGCGCCCUUUUGUUCACCUGCUUCUUGGCCGUGGACACUCAGCUUCUCCUGGGCAACAAGAAGCUAUCUCUCAGUCCCGAGGAGUACGUCUUCGCCGCCCUCAACCUCUACACGGACAUCAUCAAUAUUUUCCUCUACAUCCUGGCCAUUGUGGGACGCUCCCGCGAAUGAAUGUGCACCUUGGGGGGAUGCCUUCCUUUUUUGUCGUCUUUUUUCCCUCCUUUAUUAUGUUUAAUUUAACAAUUUUAUUUUUGCCAGUAUCGCUUUUAACACUCCUUCCUGUGCUUCUACUAACACUAAACGGUUGUCGGCGGACGACCGGAAAGACGAGGCGCGUCUUUAAUCACGUUGGUGUUUGGCACGGAAAACUGGAAGUAUUCUUCCUAUUCUAACUGCAUGACAACAGCAGAUAAAAAACAUCAUUUCUAGAGAUGUGGCUUGUUCGUCCCCGCUGUAAAUAAUUCUGUGUACCACUUAUAGUCCAAUUCCACUUGGGGAUGUGUUCCUUUAAGAGCAGGGGUGUUCCAAAUGAAAAUUGACAAAUCAUUUAGCUCAUGGACUCCCAUCGACGGUGCUAGUUGUUACACAAAACUUGGAUUUUGUGUGGAUUUAGUUAUUUUUUUCCUGUAUUUUAUGGGCAAGUCACUGUUUUAAGCGGCCAUUCUAGGUUUAAUUCGGGCCACAUCCUAAAAAGGAAACUUUCAGUAAGUGACGUGAAAAUGUAGCGAUCACCAAUAAGUCACUGGGCGCCAUUGACAGCUCUAGACGUCCAAUUCAUUUUGAUUGCGACGAUACGAACAAACCUCGGCAGAUUAACGACACCCCUGCUUUGAAUUUAAAAGGUACGAAAACAAGCAUUCAUCUUUAUUAACCUCUUCUCUCCCUGCUUGGUCAUUGGCGUGAAUUGAAGUUUUUUCUUUUGUAGUGCUGUAUUUCAUGUUUCCACCAAUACGAAGUCAUGUUAACGCUGCUCCACAUUUGAAGUUUUUUGGGUCAUGACCACUAAUGCAGUAGCUGAACGCUGGAUUUGAAGACAAAUGCAUGAUAAUUUAUUUAUUUAUUGAGCUACAAGUAGUCGACAAUUGAGUUUCUAACUCAGAACUGGAAUAUAUACACUGGUUCCAGGUACCACUGCUGUCUCCCGCAGUAUUUAACCAGUUUGAAUUUGAUUCGUCAUCCCGAGCAUGGCCUGUUGCAUGUGCGUUGUCGGCACAGAGUGAAGUUUUUGGGAGGGAUUGUUGUUUGGCAAAGAUGUCUGUAUUGAAGUUAACGUGUAGAUGUAUAUAGAAGUGCUUUGACAUGUAGAGGCCAGCUUCUCGUUUGCAUUCAAUUCGAGUGGAAACGCAUUCCUCACGGCUUUACAUUAAAUAUACCAUGUGGAA